AGUAUUAACAUACAGGUCUCUAAUUCUAAUUCUAAUUCAACAACUAACUCAGGUAUAUAUGGUAAUAAUUACAGACAAUUAUUUGUAGCUUUGGAUGUUUUGUCAACAGCUAAUUAAGGAAAUUAUUACAGACAAUAUAAAAUGGUAUAGAUGAAGAAAACAAUGUUAAUGUUUUCGAAUAUUGGCUUAUGCAAUAUUGGAAGGAACUCUGUCUGUAUAGAUGAAGUAAACAAAGUUAUGCUAACAUGUUUGUCAACAACUUGCUGCAAAGAGGAAGCAAGGCAUGGCAACAAAUUUGACUUUGAGCCUUUCUAAACAACUUGCAAAGAAAAAAUACUUACCGUAUAAUCUAAUUUCAUGAUUCUAAGAAUGUACUUCUAUCUAACAUCUAAUCCAAAUAUAAUUAAUCCUAAAUCAUCUUUGUCCGCCAAUUGUAAUGGUAGAAAAGAUCCCAGAAUCUUGGAGGGAAUUGAUAUGAAUUCCUUACAUAUAACUGAUACAGAAGUGUCCACUGAAAAACCGUUCUGCUCUGAACAUCAUGCCGUGAACGUGAACGGAGAGAUUUUGCAAGGAUCAAAUGGCAGAGUUAAUGAUCCAUCAUCAGCAGUUCAUCUCAAAUAUGGGUUUCCACUGGAAUCUGAUGGGUUCAAUACAGCUAUCAGAGACAUACUUCCUAGAGGCUUAAUCAACUCAGGAAAUCUGUGCUUUCUCAAUGCAACUCUGCAAGCUUUGUUGUCUUGUUCUCCUUUUGUACAACUCUUACAAAGACUUAGAAACCAUAACAUUUCCAAGGCGAGCUAUCCAACAUUAGCUGCUUUUGCUGAGUUCAUUGCCGAGUUUGACUUCCCAAGUGGUGUAAAAUCAAACAAAAACGAGAAGAAUACUAUUGAGACUGGUAGGCCUUUCAGCCCUUCCACAUUUGAAGGUGUACUGAAAAAGUUUACACCAGAUAUUAUUAAUAGCAUAUAUGGUCGACCAAGGCAAGAAGAUGCUCAGGAGUUCCUGAGUUUCAUAAUGCACCAAAUGCAUGAUGAGUUGCUCAAGUUUGAAGGACAAAUGUCAAACCAGAAUGGGGUGAAGUCCUCUCUUGUUUCUUAUGCAGAGGAUGAUGAAUGGGAAACUGUUGGACCAAAGAACAAAUCUGCAGUUACAAGAACACAAAAUUUUGUUCCUUCAGAGCUCAGUGAGAUUUUCGGUGGACAGCUGAGAAGUGUUGUGAAGGCAAGAGGAAAUAAAGCUUCAGCAACCAUCCAACCUUUCCUCUUGCUGCAUCUUGAUAUCUCACAUGAAUCUGUUCUUACUAUUGAGCACGCACUUCGUUUGUUUUCUGUUCCUGAGACGCUUGAUGGGUACAGAACAUCUAGUACUGGAAAGGCUGGAGUAGUUGAUGCCCGCAAGUCCCUAAGUAUACAGAAGCUUCCGAAGAUAUUGAUAUUGCACCUGAUGCGGUUUAGCUUUGGAAGCCAUGGAAGUAGGAAGCUGCAUAAACCUGUUGGGUUCCCUAUUGAACUGGUGCUAGGGCGUGAUUUACUUGUUUGUGCAUCAACAGAGGGUGGUGGGAGGAGGUAUGAACUGGUAGCAACAAUAACUCACCAUGGGAAGGAAGCAUCGAAGGGGCAUUACACAACGGAUGCUAGUUACCCUAAUGGGGUCUGGUUGCGCUUCGAUGAUGCUUCUGUUAACUCUAUUGGCUUCAAAAAGGUCCUGCAUGACCAAGCCUAUGUCCUUUUCUACAGACAACUACUAUAACAUAUACAUAUUUUAUCUUGUUCAUCCCAUUUAAGCGUGCGUCCUGUUGUACUUGUAUCCAUUUGAUUUAAAGGGAUGGCCUUGAGAUAUGUAAAAUGGAUCAUAUUUUUAUACUCAAGAAAAAAAUGUCUUUGUCAAAAAUUGUUCAUUAUUAGGAUAUGUAUGUAGUGUAA